AUGAUGAAACGAAGUGGAUAUAAAUGUAAAGAAUGCGGUUUGGCCGCGGCCAGGGCAGCUGACGAGAAAAUGAAAAAAUAUGGGAACGCCCUUCCCUCGAUGGAAUUCUUGCCAAUAUGCAUCGAGGUUCUCGGCCCGAUGGACCCCAACACCCUUAAAUUUCUUAAGGCAAUAUGUAAAAUGAUCAGCGUCAGAUCAGGCGACAGCAGGGAACUGUUUUUCGCAACUAACCACAUUUCGUGCUUGUUGCUGCGGUUCCUGCGUGUCUGUGUGCUUGAAAAUAUCCAACUGAAUGCCGACAUGUGCAAUUAA